CGCUAAAGUUAAAAAAGAAAACACAGGAGAGGAGAACAUGAGUUUGCCUGGCAAAAUUGCAUUCGGAUUGACGCGUGGCCGCUGGCCGCUCAGUGGCCUCUUGGUGGCCGCCGGCUUGCACACGAGCUCGAGCAGCAGAAUGCUCGUACCAAUUGUGAUCGAGCAGACGGGACGAGGAGAAAGGGCUUAUGACAUUUACUCCCGGCUUCUCAAGGAACGAAUUAUUUGUGUCAUGGGUCCAAUUCAUGAUGAGAUGUCCUCAUUAGUUGUGGCACAGCUCCUCUUUCUUCAGUCGGAAAGCAGCAAGAAACCAGUGCAUAUGUAUAUCAACAGCCCUGGAGGAAGUGUGACUGCAGGACUUGGAAUUUACGACACAAUGCAAUACGUUCUUCCACCAAUUGCGACUUGGUGUGUCGGGCAAGCCUGCAGCAUGGCUAGUUUGCUUCUUGCUUCUGGCUCCCCUGGCAUGCGACACUCUCUUCCCAAUGCCAGAAUUAUGAUUCAUCAACCAUCUGGUGGUGCUCAGGGGCAAGCCACUGAUAUUCAAAUUCAAGCUGAAGAGAUCAUCAAAAUUAAGAAGCAGAUCAAUGGUCUCUAUGUGAAGCACACUGGACUCUCUUUACAAACGAUUGAGGCGAGCAUGGAAAGAGACAAAUUCAUGUCUCCUGUAGAAGCAAAAGAAUUUGGAAUCCUUGAUACAAUCUUAAACCACCCCCCAAAAAUGGGCGUCGGGCUGCCAGAGGGCGGCGAGGGUAAAAACUGAAGUCGCAGAACCCAGCAAUUAAGGUGAUAGGUUUGUUAUAUACUACAUAUUGUUUUCAACAAAUAAAUAUUCAAAUUUUCUUUA